AUGGAAUCGAAUUAUUCGACUCCAGUUUCAGUUACAUCAAAAACUCCGCGAACUGGACGCCGACGUGCGUUAUCGCCAUCCAAAUGUCAAAGUAACUAUUCAUCUCCAUAUCAGAACAUUGAUUUUGGAGCGCAGACUCCAGAAAAUGUGAAAAGUCGACUUCUCGAAUCCGAGAAACUUGUUGAAGAUCUGAGGAGCGAAAGAGAUAGGCUUCAAGAGAAACUAUUAAAUCAAUCAGGAUUGAAUGAAAGCGUAAUAAUAGAAACUAGUAAUCGGAUAUCAACACAGGAGACCAGAAUAUUCAAACGUGAUCUCAAUGUGUUAGAAGGAGAACUUUUGAAUAAUAAGACCAAUGUAAGAAAAUUGAACGAUAGAAUAUCAGAAUUGGAAAAAGAAAAAGAGAAAUAUCUCGACGAGAUUAACGAUCUGCAAAGUAAACUCGAGGAUUGUGAGAACGACAAAAAACUUCUUCGUGAACGAUUGCAUGUAUUAGAAAAUAAGGUGAUUGCAAAAGAAGACGCCAUGGCAAAGCUAAACGCCGAAUUAACGGAUGCUCAGCAAGAGUUGGGAUCUAAUCAAGCGAAAUUUCACGAGACGUUGGCCAAACUUAACCAACAAGUCACGGCUCUGACGUCGAAGUGGAAAUCGGAAAAGGAAGAGCGCGACGCGUGCAACGCGAAAUUGCAAGAUGCACAAGAGACUAUUCAGAAAUUACAAACCGAGUUAAAAACUCAAAAAUCUUUAUACGACGAAAUGGGACUCAUUGAUAAGGUCCACAUUGAAGACGAGCAAACCGAAACGACUAAAAAAGUUCUCAAUGAAGUCCAACAACUUUCAACGAGAAUCCAAGAUUUGACACCACUUCGACGGCCAAUUAAUGAUGAAAAAGAGCAAUUCCUACGAAUGUCCGCACGCGUUAUCGAAGAAAAUAUAACGGAUCUGAAAAGGAGAAACACGCGUCUUACAAAAGAGAUUGAGGAGAAAACGAAUCUGUUGACAUCGACGCAGGAAGAAUUGGAAAGGUUGAAAAGGGAAAUGGAUGAAGCCGCUGGAAACUCAGAACAGUCUCACAAGUUUUUAAGGGAGGAAAAUGCGAAGUUGACCCUACAAAAAGCCGAAAUUCGUUGCGAACUAUUGCACGCUAGACGCGAGUUGGAAGGCGUUGAUGGCAGAAUUCAAAGUAUCGAAAAAGAGCGAGAUGAUGCUAUUAGUAAACGUGAUCAAUUGCGACAAGAGAAAGAGCAUGUUGAGCAAGAACUAGUGAGGCUCAGAGCUAUGCAUGACGUCUUAAAGACUGAGCUGACUGAUAAGCUUGAAGAAGCUGAGGCUAAAGUGUCACAACUUGAAGGAUUCAAAAUCGAAAACGAGACAUUAAGAACGGAAAUUAGCAAAAAGAAUAAUAGACUUUGUCUGAUGGGAAAACACUUGGAAAUGGCGGAUGAACAAUGCUCGAAGUUAAAUCGACUUAAAGAAGGAGCCGAAGGAUCGAGAAGAAGGGCAAUUGAACAGUGCAAUGAUAUGGUCGCCAAGAUCAGAUCGCUAGAAGUUAAAGUUGAGACACAGCGGAAGGUCGAGCAAGAAAUUGAAAUGCUUCGAGCGGAAAAUGAACGACAGAAGAAGAAAAUCGAAUAUUUGAACGAAGAAAUUCGCGAGAUUCAUGCCGAUUACCGACAGGAGCUUUCGCGGAUUGAAGCCGAAAAAGAAAACGAGCAAGACAAUCAUCCGAUGCUUGACGCGCUCAAAUUGAAAUUGUCGCAGAAAGAAAGCGAAUUGCGCACAAGUAAAAAACGAGUCGAUGAGCUAAAUGCUGACAAUCAAAAACUUUCGGAGCAGUUAGCUGAUUUACGGAAGCAACAAUCACAGAUAAUUGAUGAGAAUGUGAAACUCAGAGGAGGUCUUUCGGAGGCGUUAAACAAGAUCGAGAAUUACAAACGUGAUAGUGAAAGUGCACGCGAAAUGACUCAACGUUUGGCAGAAGAACUUGGUGACAAGGAUCAGAAAUUAGCUAAGCUUGAGGAAGAGCUGAAUGAAAAAUUGCAGCAGGUUUCCGAAUCGGAACAAGUCGUCAAUUAUCUUCACAGUCAAAUCAAUGUGAAAUCCACGAAGAUGCCGAAACUUAGUCGAAGAAGUACACUUUUGAGCACAAUAUCUGAAUCAAAUUUGGAUACAUCGACGAUCCUUCGAGAAGCGGAUGAGAUUCGGAAGCUUGAAUCCGAAAAAAUGGAGCUUCUAAGUCGAUUGGAAGAUAUGAAGCGUCUUAAAGAGAAGAGAACGGCGGAAUCAACAAUAAUUGUGAAUACGACGACGACGUCAACUAUUUCUGUUCCACCGACAAAAGUGAAAAGCAAGUCAGCCAGCGACGUACCAAUGAGGCCUGGAAUGGGAAUAAUGAGACACGACAUUCCUCACAAAUGGAAUGUAUCAAACUGGAGAAUUUAUUCAGCAAAGUGCGAAAUUUGUUUCGAUGGCAUUCCAACGAUCGGAAAAGCUAAAAAGUGUGCGCAUUGCGGUGUUCAAGUUCAUGCGAAUUGUGCCUCUCGCGUUUUCAAUACUUGCGGAAUGCCCGCCGAAUGUGCAAAUGUCUACCGUGAGAACUGCACGACUGUGCCUGUCGAUGCUGUUUCCGAAGGAAGAAUGAAUGGAUGGCUAAGAAUUUAUCGCGACGACAUGCCUGGAACUUCGUGGAUUUCCUCGUGGGCCAUUAUGGAUCCGUCAAGAAUCUCGUUCUACACGAAUGAUGGAGCCGAUUUGGACAAGCCAUUCUUUACGAUUGACUUGAACCGGGAGCAAUGGGUUCUUCGCGCUGGAAUGGAAAUGCCGGUGGAAUGCGACGACGAGAUGCGAACCAGCAGUGUGCUGAUGCUCAAAAUGCCAGGAAGAGCAUUAUACCUUCUUGCUCCUUCGCCGAAAUCUGCUAGGAGAUGGGCAGACUGUCUUCAAUACGCUCAACGUAAAAGAAUGAUGCUCAGCUCGAAACCAUCCGCGUUUGCCGAAUAUUCAUGUCUUUUGGUUUUGAACUCUCCAAAUAACUUGAAAAUUUUCAAGGCAGUGAUUAUUGAGGAUUGGAUUCUGUUUGCGACUCAAAUAGGUCUUUGCUUCACCAGCGUUUCUCAACCAAGAAAUCCAAUUCGAAUCAGUGGCCCUCAAUCGGUCACAUCUAUGGAACUAAUGACUGAAACGAAUUGCCUAUGUAUGGUCGCCAAUAGCAGUGGGCAACUUGCAAUGGCGCCACUCGAUAGCCUUCUUCUUGCUAUGUGCAGUGUUCAGCCGUCGAUUCCAGAAGAUAAGCUACCCGAAUUCAAUCAUGUCACGGCCAUCAAAUAUUUGGUUGCUGGAAAUCAAAAAUUCUUGGUUGUCGCCGAACCCACAAUCUUGAGUGUGCUGAAGUACAAUUCAACAAGAGACAUUUAUGUUCAUUUUGCGAAAAUCGCUUUGAAAGAGCCAGUGACUUGCAUUGAGGCAACUUCCAAUGGAUUCUUCUAUGCAUCGGACACGUUCUAUUUUGUUUCGGUUGACUCCCAAAUGAAUACUGAGGCCAAACAAGUUGUUGCUCCGAGGAAAAACGAUUAUCCAAUGAAUAUAUCGAUUAUAAAUGAAAGCGAAUUGUUGCUUUCAUAUCAAAAUUGCGGAAUCAUGGUAGAUCGGUCAGGAAACUUGACAAGAACUGCGCAAGUUGAAUGGGAGCAAAUGCCAAUGGAAUUUAUGUACAUUUCUCCAUUCCUGUAUGUGAUUCACUACGAUUCUAUCGAGAUACUUGAAGUCGGAGAAUACAAUGGUCCGAAUUCGAAAAUUUUCCUGCCGGAUCGGGAAGUUUUCGAGUGUGUCAAUGCUCACAUCAUCGGACGACAAUUCAACGACGCAAUCAUUUCGGUAUCGUCGAAGGAAUCGACGGAAAUCCACCGAUUUUCGACUUCAGCUAGUGGCCGCAGAGCGGGCGGAUGUAAAAGAAGGGGCAUGUCGCCUGGACAGACGCUGAAACGAACCAAAAACUAA